UUUCGGAGAAGGUGACCGUUCGAGUAAGCGGCAACACGCGUUAUUUUUCACUUUCACUGACGAACUACCUUGACCUCCUUAGUGCCUCUUCCUCUUUCUACCCUUCAUCCUCUUCACCAUCACUGGCGCGCAUUCUCGUCUACUGGAAAAAUUAGAAGAAAAGGUGAUAGCGGAGGCAAAAGCGCCUAGUAGCAUAGCGAGGGUUGAUCCAAGUUCGGUGUAAUUCCACUCUGUCUUCCUAUCAAUAGGAAUAAAGCAUGUUUGCAUACAUCGCGAUACUAGUAGCGCUUGCCAGUCUUUGGUAUUUUGAAACUCGAACGUCCUUCGUUUCCGCCGGAAUAUCAACAUCGUCAAGUGUUUGGCUUUCAACCGUUUGCAUGCCCAUAAUGAUUGGCGUUUUCCUUUGGAGAUACUACCAUCAACAUCACGGAAUCAGAAAGAAAGCUUCACAUAAUGAUCCAUACGGUUUAUUUCAUCUAUCGUUGAACAGACGAUCGGGUGAAGACGAGAAUGAGCCCCCGAAGACGGAAUGGUUGAACAUGGGAUAUUGGAAGGAUACGAAAGUCUUUCCAGAUGCAUGCCAAGCUCUUGCUCUGAAGCUCAUCCAGACCGCACAAUGUAAAGAGGGAGGGAAGAUACUUGACGUCGGUCAUGGCACUGGCGAAUCGCUCAUUAUGCUCCUUACCCAUACCUCCGUCCCCCGUCCUGGAUAUUUGUCGGGUAUUACAAGCAUACCUAUGCAUCAUCAACGUUCCCUCGAACGCGUUAAAUCUAUCGUUGCUGCAGACACGAAAAUAACACUUCAUGUUGGAGACGCCGUCUAUCAUCAAGAUGUCAGCGCCGCAAAUCAUCCGCUCAAUCCUUCCUCCGCAGUCACCUUUGACAAUAUUUUAGCAUUAGACUGUGCGUAUCACUUUCAAAGCAGGGAAACAUUCUUGCGUCAAUCAUUUCAUCAACUCGACCCAGGUGGACGGAUUUCCCUUGCAGAUAUCUGUUUCGCCAAUACACCACCAAUGACAUGGAAGGCCAGGCUCGUCCGUAGAUUCUUGAAACUCAUGCCCAAGGAAAAUGCUAUAACCAUAAGCGAGUACGCGAAUUGUCUGGAAAGAAUAGGAUACGUCGAUGUGAAGGUAGAAGAUAUCAGCGAGGAAGUCUUUCCUGGAUUCGUGGGGUUUCUCAAGCCAAGAGGUUUGGUGUGGUGGAUAUUUGGAUCUGUACUGUAUUCUUACCACGGGGCAGGAGCGCGAUUCGUGAUAGCUAGUGGAUACCGAUCUAAAGAGAGCAAGUAGUGUAGAUACAGGGUAAAUACGCCGUGUAACUUUGAACAAAUGAAAUUGUACAUCUGUGGCGUCGAU